AUGGCAGUGGCAAGUGCUGCUGUUCGCAGACUUGAGUCAAGAUUGCCUCCUCCAACAAAAGGAAGUUGGGCUGCUGUGGAGGAAGCAUAUGCGAAGUCCAUGCAGAAACUCUCCAAGAUGGUCAGCAGUGGAAGCCACUUAGGGACAUUUGCUCCAAUGUUGGAGAUGUUCAGGGUUUCCUCAGACAAGUUAGCACUAUGUCACCUAGAACUGAGUAAAAAGCUUCAUGAUUUGAUCAAGGAAAUCAAUCGGUAUGGCGACGAGCAGAUCAAAGUGCACAAAAAGUCCAAAGAAGAGAUGUCUGGAACUUUGGAGGCCAUACAGCUGCUACAAUGCAGUUCCCAGCUGCUACAGAAAUCCAGGGAUAGUUACUGCAGCAGAUUUUCUGAGCAAGAACGACUUAGAAGAGAGGGCUGCCCACAGAAAGAGUUGGACAAGGCAGAACUCAAGACCAAGAAAGCUGCAGAGAAUCUGCGCUGCUCUGUGGAGAAGUACAACUCUGUGCGCAAGGAGUUUGAGGAAAAGAUGCUUCAGUCAGCACAG